UCAUGUACUCACACAAUGGGGGAUCCCUGCCCUGUUCCAGGGAGUGAGCCAGAGGCACUGGGAAAUCAUGAAUUUGAUAAUGGUGUAGAAGGACUGAUUGAUCCACUCCUCAAAAACGCCACAUUUCCAAUUCUGAGUGCAAACAUUAAAGCAAAGGGGCCGCUAGCAUCUCAAAUAUCAGGACUUUAUGCUCCAUAUAAAGCUAUUUCCAUUGGUGGUGAAAAGGUGGGAAUUGUUGGAUAUACCUCACAAGAAACGCCCUAUCUCUCAAAUCCAGGAAGAGAUUUAGUAUUUGAAGAAGAAAUUGCUGCCUUACAACCUGAAGUUGAUAAACUAACAACUCUAGGUGUGAACAAAAUAAUUGCACUGGGACACUCUGGCUUUGAGAUGGAUAAACUCAUCGCUCAGAAAGUGAAGGGAGUGGACGUCGUGGUGGGAGGCCACUCCAACACAUUUCUUUAUACAGGUGGGCCUCCCUGGUGGCACAAGGGUUAAGAAACAACCUGUGGAGCUAUCCAUAGCCAAUGAAGUACGAGUUUGAUUCCCAGCCAGCAAGCUAACCACAGAUGCAGCAGACCUCUCCUAUCUGGCCCACUGCUCCCCUCAGCAGUGUAUUUCAGUUGAUCUGCCUGUUCUGUUCCCCACUCUGUCUCUGGUGAAUCCUCUCACUCCCCGCAUUUCUGGCCUGUACCCCAGCUCUUG